CCUUUGUCCCACCCACCUUCAAACUGACUAACGAGACAAGGCUGCAGCCAAUCGGAGAAGUGAAAGUUUUUGCGGAAGCGGAAAUCAAGGUACAGAGAAGCAGGGCUCCGAAACAGAAGCAGCUAUGAAUAUCCUCCCGAAGAAAUCGUGGCACGUGAGAAACAAGGACAACGUAGCUCGAGUGCGGCGGGACGAAGCGGAGGCCGAAGCCCAGCGGCAAAGCAGGGAAGCCCGCGUCCUGCUUGCUGAACAGGAGGCCCGGACUGAAUUCUUGCGUAAGAAAGCACGCCUGUCAGCUCCAGAAAACAGCAGCGGUAGCUCAGACCUCCAGUCUCUUGGCUCAGAAGGGCCCUCACAACACCUCAACCUUUUCUAUGAGUUGCAAGAGGGUGGCAACAAAGAACAUGAAGAGGAGAAGAAGCAAGAGAAGGAGCGACGGGAGAAGGCUUUGGGUAUCCUCACUUACUUGGGCCAGAGUGCAGCAGAGGCCCAAACUAGUUGCCCUUGGUACCAGAAGCCCCCGGAACGCAACGAAGCUCUCGCCAAGGAUGUGAAGCUGAAAGGGAAGCUGGACCCUCUGGUUGAGAUGGAAAGGAAUCUGCGCAAGAAGAAAAGCUCCCAAAAGGAAGGAAAGAAAGGAAAGGGGGAGCAGAGGCAAAAGGAAUGCAGAGGGAACUUGGCAGUAGAGUGCGUGCACAAGAGAGGGACCUCCUCCUCCUCUCUGGAGAAGCUACGGCAAGAACGGCUGCAGCGUGAGCAGGCAGAGCGAUCUCGGACAGAGGCUCUUCUGGCCCAGAAAACAGGAAAACUCCUUCCUGGAGAGGCAGAGGAAGAAGUGGAUGAAAGGAAACGUGGGUACAACUCCCAGUUUCACCCACAGCUGGCAAGGAAGAGGGUCUGGGAACUACCAUGAGGGAAGCCCUGCUUUUGCAGUGGGAUCAGCAUUGGCGCAGAGCUGGCAGUCUUGAAAGACUUGUAAGUGUUCUGCGUUUGCAGGCCUAUGCCUUCCCUGGACAAGCGGAGGCGGCAGAUUAAGUUCACCUCUGAGUAAGUUCACCUCUGUGAGCUGAGGAAGACUUCCAGUAAUUAGCCUUACACCGCAGACAGUUUAUCACACGUUUCUGAGAAACAGGCUGUGCUACAACUACUAUGAAUUGUUUUAAGUGCCAGUGGACCCACUGCAAGAACCAGGGAGGACUGUCAAGUUCCUGGCAGGAGUACAUGGUGUGCUCUUUGGUAGGUUUUGAAUUUUGUAUGUUUACCCAAAACCCAGACUGUAAAUGACAAUAAAAUUAACAUAUCAGU